AUGUUUUUUAUAGAAAAUUAUAACUCAAUAUGUUUAUUCCCCAUAUUUAGAGAAAUUAUAGACGCGCAUAAAGGUGAUGAAGGAUCAUAUGUUACAAAAAAAGGAUGUAAUUAUAACCUUUUAACGCCUUACCUUCUUUUAAAGGAAAAUAAUGCAUGCAACGAAAUUAUGUUAUAUUUAGCAGAUAUACAAAGCAUAAAUGAUAGCUAUUUAAAAGAAGUCUCAUGUAAGUACCUGUAUUUUUUGGUAUCACCUUAUAUUAAAGAUAGGGAUAAUGAUAUAAAUCAUAUCAAGAAUAUUUAUUCCGCUUUUCUCAAAGGGUAUAAAUAUUCUUUAGGCAAUCAUCCUGAUCACAUAUGCAUUAAAUACAAGGAUACUAUUACAGUGGAUGAUUUGACAAUAUUAAAUGCUAUACAUGAUGUUCGUACGUAUUUUAAAGAAAUAAAAGAUGUCAAUAGGGAAAAAUCAUAUAACGAUGAUUACUUUAUUCAAACAGUAAAUAUAAUUAAAAAUCAUUAUAAGGAACCGAUAAAAACAGUAGUUCAAAAAAUAUAUAAAGAAAAAUUAAUACCAUGCGAAAAGAGAAAUAUUUCAUUUCCUAUUUUAAUUACAGUAUUAGUAAUGGUAUUGAUAUGUGUCUUUUUAUUCACUUUGUCUUACACCACAUUAGGUUCAUACAUUCAAAAUAAUAUAAGAAUUUUAAAAAAUAAAAGGAAUAACUCGAAUAAUGAAUGGAAUAUAAUGCCACCUUCAGAAGUAUCCAGAAAUACUUAUAGUGAUGAUGAAUUUAAUGUAUUUUAUAAUUUUAACUAG